CUCACAAUACGCAGGCUGGAUGAAUGAAUCCUACAGGUUGCUGUUUGCAGAGCAUUGUAAAAAAGUGCCCAGGGCUACAGAGGGUGGAAUAGAGAGAAGUGUUUUGUGUUUGGUUUAUUACUGCAGCAGAGACACACAAAUACAUGUAGAGACACAGACUGAGAGCAGGGGGGAGAGCAGGGAGAAUGUGUAUUGUGUGAGACGCAUAUAGGGGGAACAGACAGACACAGAUACCUGUAGAUUCUAUUGUAACUGCUUCUAUAUCACUAGACAGAGAGAAAACAGGGGGAGGACAGACAGCUAGACAGAUAUGCUGUACGCAGAGAUAAGGGGGACAGGGGUGCAUUACACAAAGAGACGUUAAAGAUGGAGAGAGGAGAAGAGAGAAAUGAGGCUGGAGAUAUGCUGUACAACAUAUAUAAUAGAAAAUGUGCGGAGCUGGUUGAUACAAUUCAAAUCUAAAGCCCACUACCCACCCUUGUUACCAAGAGGACUUUAUCUAUCAAGCAGCCAUGGCAGGGGAAAAAAUAUGUCAGAAGCCUGAUCUUUUCACUGUUGGUGUGGCCUUAGCAUUUGCUGUCCUGUGCAUUAUUGGCAUAGCUUUCACCUGUGUGGGUGCUCUGUACUUGUCUGAUUGUCCCAUAGACAAACACAUUCCAGUGUUUGUGGUUGUACAAGGAGUCAUCUUCCUGUUGUUCGCCAUCACAUUCCUAAUACUGUUAGCGAGUGACAGCUUCAUCUUGUUCUUCCUCAUACUUGGCAUGUUGACUACGUUCUGGUUUUGUUGGUUAAUAAUAGGAAGUGCCUGGGUGUUUCCGCACUACACAACAUACCAAGGACAGUGCAACCACACUCUGUACCUCUUUGCCUUUUGGACACUUAUUGUGCAGUACAUUGGACUCAGUAUUGCAAUACUUGUUGCAAUUAUCUACUGUUGCUUCUUCUGUAUCAUGCUGUUGGCGUGUAUGGCUGUCAACGGCUAAAUUACAACAUGUGGAUAUUAAUUUACUCUUUGGAUAAUCUGCGUCACUGCCUGUGAUGAGUAUUACAUACUCAAGAAGAUGGAAUUGAGAGACUAGAAUGUUAUGUGAGAUCCUUCUCUUUGAAGAGAGCUUUAUAAAAAAUAAAAAAAGCAUGGAAGGAAUCGGUCAUGGGAUCUCACUUUUUGCAGGGUUUUUGGAGAGUUUUAUUUCUAAAAGGGCUAAAUGUUUCUCUUUCAAGAGUAGUUGGUUCCUCUGGAGCUUAUAUGAGUUUGGUUAAGAGUCGUAUUGCUACAAUGCCCCUGUUCUAACACAGAGUUAAGGUACAAUUUUACUGGUGGAACAUUGUAAUAGUUUUAUGUUUCUCCUCUAAGUCAUCACAGCUUUGCACGUGGAAAUGUUAAGCACUGUGUGGUUCAAACGAUAAAACAUUUUAGAGGUUCUUAAAUGCCUCAAAUUCUCAACACUGUGCAUGAACCGGAUCUUCUCUGCUCAUAUGUCUGCAUGCUGCACUCUGCCUGAGGCUCUCAGAAGGUUUGAGAACCAAUGUCUCAACCAAACCGAAUUACUGUCCACAAAUCUACGCUUCUCAAAGCCAUGAAGAAAUAUUACUGAUCUUCUCAACAAAUCUCAGAAGAAUAUGAGGUCGGAGGGAAAACAAAAGGGGAUAUUUAAGAAAUUCUCUUAGGAAGUUCUGUAGACCUCAUAAAUAGAAAAUAAAUCUCCUUCCCAACACA